AUGGCUAAUUAUUAUAAACAGAAUCAAACUGAUUUCCUUUUGAACGAACAGGUUCAGAAGAAACAUGGUAUUGAGGCGGUUGAUCGUACUUUUUCUUUAGGUCCUGCAGUAAUGGCUAGAUUGCUUAGCUUUUUUGAUCUGAACGGCGAUAUUUUACAAACGCAUAUAGAUUCACCUCGAUCAACAGCAUAUUUAGCAUCACUUUUUUAUUCAGUUAAUAGAAUUAAUAAUUUUUAUGUUUACGGAUCCGGAUCAAAUCUUAAACGAUUUCGAAAAUAUAUGGAAGACCUGGGUGUCAAUAACAUUCGGCUAUUUGCAGAAUCUUUUACAUCAUUUCCAUUAGAGUCUAAUCGAUUUCGAACUGUAGUCGGCAUCUUUGCAAAUCCUCCAAACUCAUUUAGUGCAAUAUCAGAUCCAAUUGAUUUAAUAUGCUCUCGAGGAGGUGAUUUGGGAAUGUUGGAAAUAUUGACAGAAUCUUCUAUAAGCGAUGAUGGAAAACAACGCGUUUCUUUAAUAUUGGAGGAACAACUUCAUACUUUACGGAUGGCAAUGUCUCGCCCUCAAAUUCAGUUUCUCCUCUAUCAAACUCAUUCUGUCGUUAGUAGUGAAAAUCAAAAAAUGGUAGAACAAACUAUGAGCAUGAUUAAUAAGACAGCAUUGAAAAAACAUCGUGAAGCUUUUUUAGAAAAAAAGCGAUUAGAGGCAUUGGAAGAAGCAGAAGCUGCGAAUAUACCAUCGGCGGCAAUGAACGCAAAUUCGCCCCGAAAGCAAAAAAAUACACUUGAAAAUAAACCCCAUCAAAAUGCUAAGCCUGAUUCUGCAAUGCUAACUAUGGAUCAAAAAAAUAUUGGAUGUCCUGAUGAUGACGAGGAAGUUAAACUGCCCGAAAUUGAUGAAUUUGUAUCAAUUGAUUUACCUGAUCUUUGCAAAAAUCAAGAUAAUUGUCUUCAAACUCAUGAUAACGGUUGUUUUCUUUCCCUAUUACAGCGAAAAAGCAUAACACGGUUAAAUGCUAAAUAUCUUAUACAAACUGCCGAAAAAAGAGGAUUAUUUGGAAAAGCUGAAGAUAGCAAAAUAUUAAAAUCAAAACAACUUAAAUCUCAAGAUUAUAAUGUAGACCACCAAAACCUAAAAUUGAUUGAUGACGAAGAUAUUAAAAAGAGUAUUCCAAAUGUGGAAAAUUUGCCUUCGGUGUCAUUUGCUGACACAACUCCUUGUCAAACACAGACUCUUGCUUUUGGUCCCGAUGAAAAAUGUAAAAUUUGUGGUAAUAAAAUGGAUGAAAAGAUUCCAUGCAUGAUGCUGAAUCGUUGUAACCAUACUUUUCAUCGAUCCUGCAUUGAAAACGCACUGGAUGUGGAAAGAGAGUGUCCUAUCUGCAAACAGUCUUGUGAAUUAGAAGAUUUAAGGAAGAUAACCUUCUCUGUUAAACAAUUAGUGAAUAAAGCAAAGAGUAAACCUAGUAAUGUUCCCACGAAAUUCUAUUCAACACGAAGUUACAGUAAGAAUCUUUUUCAAACUUCUAAUACCUCUGGGAUAGAUAUAUUCAAUUCAGAAAAUUCAGCUUCAGCCACAAUUCGUAACGAAAACUCAAAUCCUUCUCAAUUAGAACAAGUGUCACAAGAGCCCGGUAAUAUUAACCCUCACACUAGUAUACAACUGCUUCUCGAUCAUGAUUAUAUAAAUGAAAUGAUUGAGGAAAGUCUGAGUAAAGCCUUACAAAAUUUUACAUUUAAAAACUCACAGUUGCUUCAGCCUGUUGACCUUAUUAUGAUAAGUCAGAUGAUUGAAACCAAUGUUCAAACUGAUGUUCAAAAUUUAAACCAGGGAACUAUUCAGAAUCAGUCUCAAAGAUCUGUAGAUAACUCUCCUCAUCUUAAUUUUAAUGCUAGUCGCAAUCACCAAUUCCAUAGGUUUGAAAGUAAUAAUCGUUCUCAAUCUAAUGAACCGUCUCCUAGUCGUUAUGCUAGUAUUAAUUCUCACUUCCAAAGUACUCAUACAUUAUCAGUUAAUGCUGAUAAGGUUACAUCAAUACUUAAUACAAAAUAG